AUGCAUAAGAUCAUCUUCUUCUGCGCAAUGUCCGACCAUGGAGACUCGAACCACACCUAUCAAAAUUUUCACCAUUUGCCCAAUCCAUUCAAACUCAUUUGGAACACCGUGGUCAGAGCUUUUGCCGAGAAAAAUGAACCCGUUAAGUCUGUGUAUCUGUACAAGAAUAUGCUUGACAUUGGCUUCUUACCCAACAACUAUACUUUCUCUUUUCUCCUUAGAGCUUGUGCUCAUCUCUCUGAUAUCUCACUGGGUAAAAUUCUUCAUGCCUAAGUAGUCAGGCUUGGCUGGGAAUCAUAUGAGUUUGUGCAGAACGGAUUGAUCCAUUUGUACGCGAUUUGUGACUGCAUGAACUUAGCUUGAAAGUUGUUUGAUGCGAGUGUGAUCCAGGAUGUCAUUAUGUGGGCUGCUUUGAUUAUUGGUUAUGUAAAAUCGGGACUAGUUGUGGCUGCACGGAAACUGUUUGAUCAAAUGCCCAUGAAGAAUACUGUUUCUUGGAGUGCGAUGAUAACUAGGUAUGCACAAGUUGGGUUGUUCAAAGAGGCUUUGGAGCUUUUUAAUGAUAUGCAGGUUUCUGGGUUUUGGCCAAAUCAUGCUGGCAUUGUGGGUGCACUCACUGUGUGUGCUUGUCUUGGCGCAUUGGAUCAGGGAAGGUGGAUACAAGCAUAUGUGGAUAUAAAUGGAAUGGAAUUAGAUAGAGUGAUGGGCACUACUCAUAUUGACAUGCCUAGCAAAUCCUGGUCAGAGCAGAAGUGUGAUUGAGUUGUUUGUAAGGAUGAAAAAUGAAGGAGUUUUUCCUAUGUGUGAAGUGCGGGCAGUCGAAUGGGGUUAGUGGAUGAAGGGAUGAGAAUUUUUAACAGCAUGAGUGAGGAGUACGGAAUGGAGCCAGGGAUAUAGCACUAUGGCUGUUUGGUAGAUCUCUUAGGAAGAGCUGAGAUUCUAGAAGAGGCAAAGAAGGUGGUGAGAGAGAUGCCCAUGGAACCAUAGUCCUAUGUUUUGGGUGCAUUGCUCAAUGCUUGUAGAGUUAUUGGAGAUGUUGAGUUGGGUAAAGAAACUGUUGAGCAUUUGAUUCAGCAGAGUCUAGACCAUGGUGACCAUGGUGGGGUUCAUGUUCUUCCUUCCAACAUGUAUGCUUCUGCUAACCAAUGGGAUGGUGUGGCAAAGUUAAGAAAGGGAAUGGAAGAGAAAAGGGUACGGCAGCUUCUCAAAUGCAACUUGAUUGAAGUGGAUGGGGGUGGUUUGUGAAUUUGUAGCUGGAGAUAAGUCGCAUUUGCUUAUGGAAAAGAUCAUUUUAAUGUUGCUUGCAACUGACACGCACCUCAAGUUUUCUUGGCAUGAUGAUGACGAUGACUAUGACAUUGAUUGUGAUAAGAUAAAUGAAUAAAUCAACUUCUAUAGGAGAAUUGAGAGCUCAGCUGCCAAUAAGGUAGCAAGCUCUUGAGAAAUUCAUACCAAUUGAAACCUUUGUCUCUAGUGUGGUAGUUAGUUUUCUUAAUUCUUUCAUACCCAUAUUUUCUAGAAGUGAAGAAACUUCUCCCUAAAAAAUAAGGCCAUGGAAACUUAUUCAGUUAUUUGAUAUUGGAAAUUACUUAGAAAAAGAAAUUUUAAAAG